GGCUCGCGAGCGAAGCCAAGAGCGGCAGCGAGGCGAGGCGAGCGGCGGGCAAUAAAGAUCGGCCGGCCUCCCCCUCUCGGCUUCGAUUCCGCCCUUCCCACAAGUCCAUCCCUCUCCCCAGCUCCCUCCCACUCCCUCCCUCUGAGAAGGAAAGCUGCUCUGGCACGAGCUCCUCCCCUGCUCCGCCUUCCCGUCCCGGUCUGGAGCGCAGAUGGGUACCUUUGGAAGAACACCACCUCCGAGCUGCUCUUCUUCCCGGCACUGUGCAGAAUGGGCUCGGGUCUACCUGAAGUACUGCUUGUGCAGCCAGAAGGACGGUGCUGCCCUGACACUUGGGUUGAUCAGUGUCAUUAGCUGGGGCGUCGCCGAGGUGCCACAGAUAAUAACAAAUUACAGACAAAAGUCAACAGAAGGGCUCUCUAUUGCUUUUCUAAUGACCUGGAUAGUUGGGGAUUUGUUUAACCUUGUCGGUUGCUUCCUGGAACCUGCUACUCUGCCGACACAGUUUUACAUGGCAUUGCUAUAUACCUUCACAACUCUGAUUCUCACUGCACAGACGAUAUACUAUAGCCACAUUUACCACCGUCUUAAAGCAAAGAAAUCCAGGGCAACUAGCAAGCCUCAGAAGCAUCAGCGUGGGGAUGCUUCAUUGCGCGAAAAGCUUUUGGGCGCCAAGGAUGGUGGGGCAUCCAGAAACAAUAACCAGUCAGAUGCUUUAGUUCCUAUUCCAAGCUCACCUAUUCCUGUUAAUAUGAAAAUUUCCGAACAAUACCAUGCUCCAAGCAGCCCCAGCACAGACUACUACUAUGUGUCAGCAAGAUCUCUAUCAAGGAGUCCAGUGCCAAUUGCAGGUACAUGGUUGGGCAAUAAUCGUCAGUCAUCAAGGUCUCCUCCACAAACGAAUAACCAAAGGGAAUCUUUAAUUGGUGAAAUUGCUUCAGCACAAUCUGCACCACCUACUGUAACAAAAAAUGCCCUCUCAGUGGCACCAUGGAUGGGUCUUCUGUUGGGCACGUGUCUCUUGCACUUUUUGGUUGAAAACACACAUAGGGAAGUGCCAAGUGGAACUGUCAUACCAGUCCGAAGAAGGCUUUUACUGUUUGUGGAUGACCAUGGACAUUCUUCUCUCAGCCAUGGCAUUGGAAAUGAAAUUGGAAGCUUUCUUGGUUGGGCAAUGGCAAUAAUCUAUAUGGGCGGACGGCUUCCCCAGAUUUUUUUGAAUAUGCAAAGAGGCCAUGCUGAGGGGCUCAAUCCAUUAAUGUUUUCCUUCGCGUUAGUCGGAAAUUCGACAUACGUAGGAAGUAUACUUGUAAAUAGCUUGGACUGGUCAAAACUUAGACCAAAUCUCCCAUGGCUCGUAGAUGCUGGAGGAUGUGUUUUGCUGGAUUCUUUUAUUAUUCUUCAGUUUCUUUAUUUUCAUUAUCGGAAGCAAAGUGAGCCUGCAGAUGAGCACGACAAUGCAGAUAAAGCUUAACUGACAGCAGGAGAGAAAUCCCUUCGUUGAACCGUUCGUUACCUGAAGCUGAAGGUACCUUACACCGGGCCCUGGGUUUCUGAGAUGUGCUAGCAUUCGUUGUUGCCUGGAAGACCGUCACCCAGGACAGUUCUGGAGCGUUUAUUCAUACAUUGCUGCGUGAGGGUGGCGCACGACGUCAUAUGGAAAUGCUUCUGGCAUUUGUUUCGUAGUAUCGGAAUGUCUAGUAUUAUAUCGAAUGUCGACUGGCUUUACUUGUUUUCUGUUCUUUUUUUUCUAGUUUCUGUUCACUGAAAACUUGCACGAGCAAUGCAAAUUCGAGACGGUAUCAUCGGAUAACAAUGUGCUGAUUCUCAUUUUGAAUUGUUGAUCA